AUGCAAAUCGCUCAACUCCAAGUCUCCAACACACCUUCACUUUCAAGCCCACGUCGUUCAUUCGAUCUCGAGCCUCUGCAACAGACCCUCCCGUCUCGAGUCUCGUCCCCCCCAAAAACACAGCUGUCAAAAAUGCUCAUCAAGGAGUCUCACGUCGACGUGCCGACCAAGGCCGACGGGAAGGAGGGUUCCAUGAGAAUCUUCCUCUUCCACCCGUCCAUCCCCGGCUACCCCAACGCGAAAUUCCCCGGAGUCUGCGUCUUCUCCGAGAUCUACCAAGUCACCGGCCCCGUCGCCCGCUUCGCCCGCCAGAUCGCGGGCCAGGGCUACAUCGUCGCCGCUCCCUCGUCCUACCACGACUUCGCCGGCCCCGAGCCCCUGGCCUACGACGUGCCUGGCACCGACAAGGGCAACGCCUGGAAGGUCGAGAAGACCCUCGAGUCCUACGAUGAAGACUCCCGCCGCACCGUGGACUACCUCCUCACCCUCCCGACUUGCACUGGCAAGAUCGGAAGCACGGGCAUGUGUCUAGGCGGCCACCUCGCCGUCCGCGCCUCUCUCGACAAGAGAAUCGCCUCGUGCGUGGCCUACUUCGCCACGGACAUCCACAGCCGCACCCUCGGCCCCCACACGGCCAAGAACACCUCCCCGACGCCGCCCGAGGGCAGCACCCACACCCUCGACCUCUUCCCGACCCUGGCCCACGCCGAGGUCGCCAUGAUCUUCGGCGUCAAGGACACCCACGUCCCGCCCGAGGGCCGCGACCUCAUCCGCGCCAAGCUGCGCGAGGCCGGCGUCACGACGAGCUUCUACGAGUUCGCCUGGGCCCAGCACGCCUUCAUCCGCGACGAGCUCAGCAAGGGCCGCUACGACCCGGCCAUCACAAAGGUCUGCUUCGAGAUCCUGCUGGAGCUGUUCGGGAGGACGCUCAAGUUGGAUCUGGGCCCCCAGGAGGGCGUCGGCGAGGUGGAACACGUGUGUUGA